GGUGCCACACCCGCCCAGGCGCGAGCAGCCCUGAGGCAAUACAAGGAUGUCAUGCAGGCUGCUGAACAUAUCUUCGACGGAAAAUUUGACAAUGUUAUGGAUGAGGACAAUGAUGCUGCUAAUGCUCUGUCGCGUGAAACAGUGUCGGGGGCUCAGAGGAUGGCAACACCCGAGGAUGAUGAGGACAUGGGUGUAGAAGACGACGAAUCAGACGAUAUGGACGGGUUCGGCGAAUAUGAUUCCGACGAGGAGUUCCAACAGGAACCUGGGAAGCCGCUCGCGGACGCGGAUCCCUAUGCAGGAAUUUUCUUUUCAAAGGACCGGCGUGAGGAGGUAAUUGAGGUAGAAGAGGAACCGGAGACUGUCCGGGUACCAGAAUGGGACGAACACGGUAGAAUUAUGACUCAGGGGGAGUGGAUGAAAGGUUGUCCUGAGGGAUCAGAACAAAGCUUCCUGUUCAGCCUCUACUCGCAGCUAAGCGAGGGUCGAUGCCCGUGUCCACAUCAAUGUGGCGAGGCUAUUCUGAGAAAGAAGAGCGACUUCUUUGCUUUGCCAGUCGACUUCGAGAAAUACACAGAGAGGCUCCGUAAGAACGUCACUCACACUUGCAAGAAGUGUCGGACGCAGUAUUGUCUUGCUUGUGGAGAACCGAUCAGCACUGCACCUGCUAGGGAUACAACCACAACCUCUGAUGAUCCCUUAUUUCACUGUUCGAACUUGCAAGGCGUCAUCCUCGGUGUCGGACUCUUCCUUGUCGAACAGAUGUACUCCGGCCAAAUCCAGGAAGGCAAGUCUGACCAGACAACUACAGUAGGGAAUAGUAAAAAGAGGAAAUCAGAAACGCAACUUCCUCCCCCUCCCUCUAGCAGCGUCGACGACGACGAUGAGGACUAUCCAUCCACUAAAACAAUGUCUUCCAAAAAGGCCAAGAGCGGUACAGGGUAUGCCGGAGAUGUUAGAGAGGACAUGACCGGGCAAGUCGAAGCACAAGCCGUACAGCGUGCAAGAGACGAGAAGCUUGGUCAUAUUUUGACAGCCGUACGUUGGUAUCUGCCCUCUCUUCGCCGACCAGGUGGUGGACGGACAAGCGAUUACCUUGUUCAUCCGACCACUUUGGCUCAUCUUCGCAGACGCUUCAACCACAUCUGCAGUUCUCUUUUGAAAAACGACUCCCUUUCCGACAUGUCUGAUCGUUCAGUCCUAUACCACGAGUUGUUUGACUGGUUGGAGACGAUCUCUCAUCACGAGGCCUUAGCGAGUAUGAUGGCCAUGCCCAUUAUGGUCGCGACCUCUGUAAAGGCCGUGAACACGAGGAGGGCGACCAAUGGGAGCCGUCCCAUGAGGGAACGCACGAUCGUUUACGAAGGCAGUUCUGGGCCCAGAGAACUCCUGGAGUCUUUGGUGAUCCAAGCUCAGGCGGCCAUGAAGAGUUUGGAGGGAAUGCAGCAGGCCGAAGUCGAGUCCAACGAUAUGACCGAGGAGGCCAAGCGCGUUACGAACGAUUCGAAAGGAAAAGCGAGAGAAGUCGAGUUACCUGAGGACAGUCGGAAGUUGCUUGGUUUCUGCAAGCGCAUCCUUGCAACGGCUGAUGCUAUAGAUCGUUUCUUGCUCGAGACUAAAGGCGCUGCGUUUGUUGAGCGUAUGCGUGCAUCGUUACCGAGCAUUUCGCCGGCUUCGAAGGAGACCGUGCAUGUUGAUUCCGGAGCCUCGGAAGAAGCGCUCAAGGAUAUUUAUGUGGACUGGGCUACUCAGACCAGAUUCGAAUAUUGUGAUCUAUCCGUUCCUUCCCCGAAUUCUGCCGACGAAGCUGAGGCGGACCAGACACCAAACUACAAGUUCUACUACAAUAAUGAGGCACGCAUGCUGGUAAGCUCAAACAUUCCAAAGCGUUCCCUCGCGAUUGCGAAAGAGCUCGCCGUGCUCACAACCAAUCUCCCCGUGGCAUGGGAUUCGUCUAUCUUUCUGAGAGUGGACGAGACCAGGGUUGAUAUCAUCAAAGCGUUGAUCACUGGUCCGGAGGGUACUCCUUAUCACAACGGCUGCUUUUUAUUUGAUGUCUUCCUAGGGCCGAGUUACAAUCAAUCACCGCCCAGUGUCAAAUAUAUGACGACGAACGGAGGCAAAUACCGCUUCAAUCCGAACCUGUAUGCGGACGGUAAAGUCUGUCUCUCCUUGCUCGGCACCUGGAGCGGGCCAGGAUGGGUCCCUGGCAAGUCGACAUUACUUCAGGUUCUCAUAUCCAUCCAAUCAAUGAUCCUCUGUGAUGAACCGUAUGUAAACGAGCCCGGAUGGUCCCAAGAAGCGGGCUCGGUCAAUUCACAGGCUUACUCUGCGAAUGUGAGAAGAAUGGUCGUGAAAACAGCAAUGCUUGGGAACCUCAAGGCACCUCCAGAGCCCUUCGGGGACGUUGUUCGGACGCACUUCAGACUCAAAGCCAAGUCAAUCUCCGAGCAGCUGGAUCAGUGGUUGGCACAAGACGACGGCCGUCCCACUGUCGGCGAAGGUGGCUACCAUAUCGCCUCUAAACACAGCGGGGGAACCAGCAACAACGGCUUCCGUGAGGAUGUUCAGGAGAUGAAGCAAUUGCUGGCACAACUGCAAGGCGGCUUGGCUGGGAGUAGCUCAAGCCCAUGA